GAUCAGUAAUCUUCAGUGUGAACGAUACAGCCGCAUUCCGACGUGCGGUGAUUAAAGAAAAAGGAAACAAUUACGUUGAAUUCAUCCAAUCGGUUGAUCUCAACAAUCUAUCCUUAUCUCGGAGUGCAACAGGUUAGGUUGAUUAGAUUUUUCGGUACUAGCGGCGGAUUUCGGACCGGUGAGGGAAACGCUAUUUUUCUUCACGUUGCGCCGUUGAACAGUACAGGAACCCAAUUCACUUUGUUAAAUUUGCUUAUUGAAACGGGUCGAAAUGGAUAAACGACACAAUGAGCGCUUGAGAACCAAGCUUCGUAUGGCCCGAAAAAGGAACAGUAUGGUUAAUGAGUGGAUCGAAGAACCAUCUAUUGGAUGUUUUAGAGAGUACGGUAUCAAGUAGUACGGCCCCUGACGAAAAAGUACUCCCUUACUCGAAUGCGAUGUAUCGCUUGAGAGAGAUUCACGGUUCUCGCGAUUAUAUGCUGCUCCAACGCCAAAAGUUACGGUCAAUGACACAAAGUCCAGAUGAACCCGAUGUAAAGUUUGUAAAACGAGUUGCAGCGGUCGCCAAGCUCUGCGAUUAUAGCAGCGAACAGAUGAUGGAGACAGUAGCCGACGUGGUUCAAUCACAUACACUGAAUAUCAAAGUGCGAGAAGCAGGUCGAAAGGUGAUGCGCAAAGGCGGUUCGAUCACGGAAUUGUUGGACAAGGUUCGGUCGGCAGAGAUAGAACGACAGAGUAAAGAAAUAUACGCCAAAAACCAUCAGCUGCGGAAAUUGCUGCUACUUCAUACGCAACCAGUCAUCCUUUCCACGGCUAUGGUCACGGAUCAAAUUUUCAGAGUGAAGGUGGUUUUCAGCGACCACGCGGAGGAUUUCAGUCACGUACCCGGGGCGCAUACGUCAACGCGGCUGGAGAAGGCUACAGAAAACGCGUACCGUGCUGGAGAUGUUCCAGUAACUUCCAUCGACCGCAGAACUGUCACGCAAUCGAUAAAGUCUGUCGGAAUUGCGAAGUAAAAGGUCACAUUGCACGCGCUUGUCGUAAGACAGUACCAAACUCAGCCAAACGCAACGCUGCUGAAAGCGCAGGAUCAAUAUCGGUCCCGCAGUCAUGAAAGGUUGCUACCAAUACAGCUGGAGAGGAAAUUUUGUUAGAUGAGAGCGAUGAGAAGAAAGCAGUAAGUGAACUUAACUAG